AUGGCGCAGGCCGGCGUGGGCACGCCCGGUGGCUCUGACGGGCACACGAAGGUGCCCGAGGACGGGCGUUUUAGUUUGAGAACGGUUGUUAGCGCUGAGGAGCUGAAGCCCCCUGGUCUCUCUCCGUUCUCCAGCCGGCAGAACCAGCUGAAGGAGCAGCCGCCGCCGCAGCAGGUGCUGUCGCCCAGCCAGCUGCCCGAGGAGGCCGAGUGCCUGACCGUGCCCAAGUACAAGCGGGACCUGGUGCAGAAGCUGAAGAUCCUGCGGCAGGAGCUGUCCCAGCAGCAGCCCCAGGCCGGGCACUGCCGCAUCGAGGUGUGCCGCGAGGAGAUCUUCGAGGAGUCGUACCGCCAGGUGAUGAAGAUGAGGCCGAAGGACCUGUGGAAGAGACUGAUGGUGAAGUUCAGGGGGGAGGAGGGGCUGGAUUACGGAGGGGUGGCCAGGGAGUGGCUGUAUCUGCUGUCCCACGAGAUGCUGAACCCUUACUACGGGCUGUUCCAGUACUCCCGCGACGACAUCUACACGCUGCAGAUCAACCCGGACUCCGCCGUCAACCCGGAGCACCUGUCCUAUUUCCACUUUGUGGGGCGGAUCAUGGGCAUGGCCGUGUUCCACGGGCACUACAUCGACGGCGGCUUCACGCUGCCCUUCUACAAGCAGCUGCUGGGGAAGCCCAUCACCCUGGACGACAUGGAGGCGGUGGACCCUGACCUGCACAAGAGCCUGGUCUGGAUCCUGGACAAUGACAUCACGGGGGUGCUGGACCACACCUUCUGCGUGGAGCACAACGCGUACGGCGAGAUCAUCCAGCACGAGCUGAAGCCCAACGGCAAGAGCGUGCCCGUCACCGAGGACACCAAGAAGGAGUACGUGAGGCUCUAUGUGAACUGGAGGUUCCUCCACGGCAUCGAGGCGCAGUUCCUGGCGCUGCAGAAGGGCUUCAAUGAGGUCAUCCCCCAGCACCUGCUCAAGUCCUUCGACGAGAAGGAGCUGGAGCUGAUCGUCUGCGGCCUGGGCAAGAUCGACAUCAACGACUGGAAGUCCAACACGCGGCUCAAGCACUGCACCCCCGACAGCAACGUGGUCAAGUGGUUCUGGAAGGCGGUGGAGUCGUACGACGAGGAGCGGCGGGCGCGGCUGCUGCAGUUCGUCACCGGCUCGUCCCGCGUCCCGCUGCAGGGCUUCAAGGCGCUACAAGGUGCUGCCGGGCCCCGGCUCUUCACCAUCCACCAGAUUGACGCCAGCACCAACAACCUGCCCAAAGCCCACACCUGCUUCAACCGGAUCGACAUUCCGCCGUACGAGGGCUACGACAAGCUGUACGACAAGCUGCUGACGGCCAUCGAGGAGACCUGCGGCUUCGCCGUGGAGUGAGGGGGGGGCGGCGAGGGGGCGGGGCUUGUGCGCGCCCAUCGCCCGCCCACAGGGAGGAGCUUCCACAGUCCAGCAGCACAGAGACCACACAGCCCCUAUCCUUCCUUUUUUUUUUUUUUUUUUUUUUUUAAAUUUACAAUUUCCUUUUUUCAGCUGCUAAAGACUUGAUAUAUAAUAACUUACAUUGGAACCUGCAAGGAUGCUGGCUUUUUUUUAUUUUUUAUUUUUUAUUUACAACAUUAAAAAGACUGUUCUAUGUAGUGUUUCCUCAUUUACUAAGCAGAACACAGAUCCACGGGGUGGGGGGGGGGGGGGAUCGGCAGCAGAGAGUAGGAUUGCUUAGUACUACUGUUCAUUUCAGAGGAAGCUUUGGUCUCCACGGACACACAGAGCCUGGGGGGGGGGGUGGGACUCGCUCUCUCUCCCGUUUCACGCCCGGAGACGCACGCGCCCCACAGGCUCGCUCGCCCACUGUGCCCAUGCGAGAGAAAAAAAAAAAAAAUGCUUUAGUUAUUUUUAUAUCGGAUGGGAAAAUGAAACUAUACAAAUAGAAUUUAAUGACAUUAUUCCAGAAUUCUAAACUGCAUCUUAGAAAAUUCCUUUUUUUUUUCUUUUUUUUUUUAAAUGCUCAAAGUAUUAAUGUUUAAAUUAUAGACUAUUUGUGAAAGAGUUAAGCUUGAAUGAAGUUGAUGUGUUCCUGAUGGAUGAACCUGAAACCUUUAAAGCCACUCUCCAAACAGGAAGUUGAGAGGCCGACAGGAAGUGCAGCGUUGUGGGGAAAAACAGACCACCUCCUCCCACAUCGCCCUCAAGAGUGCCAUAGGCUAACUGCUCGACCGCUGGGUUAAUUUAAUGAUGUCAUCCUGUAUAUUUGCAUAUUGGUGUGGUAUUCAUUUGCAUUUUUGCAGACUUCUGACCCCCCCACCCCACCACCCCCAACCCCCCCUCCUUUCCGAGCCUCAAAAAGAGGACGGGACGGCAGAGCGAACGGGCUCAGAGGACGCACUGCGUGAACCACUCCGUCUGACCUGAAGACGCAUCCGGCCGGCUGGGCAGGGGAACGUGCGCUCUGUCCUCAGGCCGCCUUCUGCCCACAGGAAAAUGCUAUUCAGGGAAGAUUUCUGUGUUUUGAAAACUGACAUCCACUUAAGAAGGCGGGAGUUUUACCUUGCAGCUCUCCAGCACUUUACAAACUUGUUGGGGGGCGGGGGCGGGGGCGGGGGAGGUGCUUGCGUCAUAUUAGUUUCUAAAUAAUGCCGUAACACAUUAUAUACGCAAAACAUACUGCAUUGGAAAUAUAUAUACCUGUAAUUUUCGAGUAUAUAUAUAUAUUAUAUAUAUAUAUUUAAAGAUAUAUAUAUUUUGUAUAUGGCUUGUCUUUUCUGUCCUUUCAACAUACCAGUAUAUAUCACAGACCUCUCACAGUCACAUUCUCAGGUGAUGUAUCUCCUUUGCGUUUUUUAAAUUUUUUUUGUAAAGCAGACAUGCGACUAGACAAAACAUACUUCCCUCUCAAGGAAGCGUGUCUGGGGAAAAAUAGUGAGGAACUGCCAUUCCCAAGUCUAACCUGUGACCCUCUCCCAUAAGAGGCACAGCAGAGGGGACACCCGUGGCCCUCUGGUUUGGGGGACUGAGGUCAAGAUUUAAUGGCAUAACCCCUUGCAUCCACAACCCCCACCCCAUCCCAUCCCAUCCUACACACAGCUCUGCAAGUAUGGACUUUCUAAACAAUAUUUAUUUUUAGCCUUUUUUUUCUUGCCACCCAUGUGUUGAUUCAUAAGUUCUUUUUGAAUGUUUAAUGCUGCCUGUCUAUAGCAAUCUAUUAUGACCAUGGACUGUUCUUAAAGUUUGCAUACACACAAAAUUUGAAUUCAUUGUUUUGUCUUUGUCAGUGUGUAUGCAAAAUUUAAAAUAUUUAGCCUCUGGAUAAAGAAAAUGAAGUAUCCUGAGAUGGUGCUUUGUACAGUAUAGGAUAUUGUUCAUAUGCGGAUCACAGAACCUUUAAUUUAUCUUAACUUAAAAAAAAAAAGGAGAAAAAAAAAAGUUUGCACACCUACAGACUUAAGUUUCGCAAAACUGACAACUUCCAUCUAUUUACCAAAUAGUUUAUGGACUGAUUGACUCCUAUAUAGCAACCCCCUCACCCCCCCCUCCAUGUCCAGUGCACAGUCCUCUGCUCAGCCUCCUUAACCCACACUACAUCACUGCACAUCACUCACGCUCCGUUCUCGUCAACACGCCUUUGAGAGCGAGGAGAGCCGCCCCUGCGUCGCGUCAGUUUGGAAAAACACGGCCUGUUGCUUCGUGUAGCAUGCUUCGCUAGCAGAACUGUAUCUUACCGCUGACUGGUGCAAUUUGUUGUACUUAAUACACUAUCAUUUGUUUUGUAUGUUGUGUGUAUGUGUGUGUGUGUGUGCAAUUGGUUCUGAUUAAAUUUUCUGUUGUCCUGAAUUUACACCCCCCCCCCCCACUUCCAUUUGCUUGUAUUUAUUACAGCGUGUUUAGCAUUCACACCAGCUGUUCUGUGAACUUAAACACAAAUGUAUGAUAAA